AUGGCCUUCUUGAAGAGGAAUUCAAAUACACACUACGUCGACCCUCAGAAAGAACUCAACGUUGGACUCUGGACCUUGUGGGCAGGUGCGACUGCUUUUCUCGCCGCUCGCGUAUGGACCAAAUGUUUUCGCCGCCACGGCUUGUGGUACGACGAUUACAUUUUGCUAGUCUCGUGGGUCAUCCUCACUGUCAAUGAUAUUAUCAUAACAAUCGAAUACGCCACUGGUUACGUUGAUCCGAAAUGGGACGAACGCAUGCACAUCCUCAUCAUAAUCAGCUCAUGUGGUACUCUCCUUGGCCAGAGCCUGACCAAGACUGCAUUCGCAGUCACGCUUCUGAAGUUGACCAAAGGAUUCUCCCACUGGAAGGCGUGCCACUACGUGCUUUGGUUCUGCAUUGUCACCAUGUGCUCGUGUAACUUUGCCAAGAUCAUUGUCGAAUGGGGCAAAGUCUGCAACAGUGCCAGCUACGACGUGUGGUAUCGAAUCGACUUCUGCCUCGACAAGAGUGCCCGAAAUCAAUUCAAAGAAGCAGGAAACUAUUACAACAUCAUCAUGGACUUUGUAUUUGCUGCCUUCCCAUGGAUCAUCACUUACAGCUUGGACAUGAAACGCAAAGAAAAGAUCGGACUUUGCCUGACCAUGAGCUUGGGCAUGGUCGUUGCUAUCGAGUCAGCCAUACGGACAAAAUGGAAGUUUGAUGGCAAUCAAGAAGACGAGCGGUACUUUUGGCGAAACGCCAUGUCUAACAUAUGGUAUUCAUCCGAGGUCGCAGGCACGAUCAUCGUUCAGUGCGUUCCUGUCUUGCGUCCUCUAGUGCAAGAUAUUCACUCGUCGUUACGGUCGAAACGGUUGGGGUCUGCGGUUGAUGAAGUUGCUCUGGAAGCACAGGUAGAGCCGCGUUGCUAUCAUGCAAAAUAG